AUGUUCAGAAAUGGCUUCAAUGCCACCCGCCGCUCUCUUCUUACGUUUCGGACAGCACACUCUGCAUCGAAGCACUCCCCUGGGAGGCCGGUGAAGAAGGGGCGAGGGACCAAGUCGGACACCUUUUUGGGCGCUAUCAAGAGGCUUGAGGCGCACGUUCAGCACAUUGAAAAGACCUACGCAGAUCGGGUUAAGCAGUAUGAUGCUCAGCAGGAGUUACCAGAUGUUAAGAUCACCGAUGAUGUUACGGACCGUGCCUACCAAGCCCUUAUGGCACCUCCCCAGGUUGCAGCGAACUUCCUUCCGGAGCCUGAAACGCCGUUAGAUUACCUUCCAGCACCCGUACUAGCGCGAAUUGAAGUCGCAACAAAGUUGAUGGUGAUGCAAGGGAGACAGGAGCUGAAUUGGGACACAAUGCUGGCAGAGAUUGAGUUAAAUGGGGGCCUGGAUAAUAUGAAUACCUCGGAAGUGAAUAAAAUGGUUUCGUUGGUUAAUAUGGACCAGAGGGCGGCACUGUCGUCAAAGUUACUGGCGAUGAUGGAGAGCUCUGAUGUGCAGCCUAAUACCUUGACCUUUGAUCUCAUGAUGUUGGCGCAUGCAGCGGUAGGGAACCCAACAGAGGUUAAGACACUAUUUGAAAAUAUGAAAGAGCGAGGCCUCACGCCAACCGUGUACUCAUAUGGCCAUCUUCUAAAAGCCCACUCCCAACAAUCCGAUGUUGAAGCAGCAACCAACGCAAUCCAAGAAAUGCAUGCUCUCGGAAUUAUACCCAACCUCGUUGUCUAUACCACCCUAAUCCAAACUUGCAUAAACCGAAACCAGCUCGAAGCAGCCUGGCAAAUCUUCAAUCUUAUAAAGCUCAAAUCAGCCUCCACCGCGCCGGAUGCAGAGACCUAUACCCUCAUGAUACACGCCUGCGCCAUCAACGGUGAAGUUGAGCGCGCGUUGGAUUUAUAUACUGAUAUGACGACCCGAAGAGGGCUAGAACCAACGCAUGAGACGUACCAUGCACUCAUACAUGCAUGUGCAUUGAGAAAGGACUAUUUCACUCAAGCUUGGCGGUUUGCGACAGAGAUGCAGGCUCGAGGGCUAAAGGUGAACCGGCUUUACCUGAACACAUUGCUACAGGCGUGCGGGCGGACAGGAGAACUCACGAGAGCAAGGCUUCUUGUCCGACAUAUGAUGAGAUCUGCACGUACCGGCGAAGAUCUGGUUCCGGACGAAAUCUCAUUCCAGAAUCUACUUCGUGCAUACGCAACAUACAAAGCACCGGGUGAGAGCAAAAGCCGUGGCGUGAAGGGUAUUCUUGUUGGGGGAAGAGUCACUGCCGAAAAGGACAGUGAGAAAAAGGAGGAGGAAGCUACAUUUAUUGUGACAGGGUCUGGAAGACUGGAGAAAAGGCAGGAAGGACAGUACGAAGAAAAGGUACCGUUCUUAGAAAAGAGCGUACUUUUAACCCAUAAGGAAGUCAUGUCAGAGGUUCGACAGGUGUUCAGUUGGAUUAGAGAGAACAGACCUGAGUUUAUCAGCUCUCAGCUCCUCAAUGCCUACCUUGAAGCUUGCCAAAACAUUGGCAGUCGCCCUGGCUUCAGGGAAGUAAAGAAAUGUUAUUCACGUUACUUUUCCAAUGAGCCCGGCAUGGCAGAAGAGGAAUCGUCGGCGCAUUCUGGAAAGGCUCCGGUAGAGAAUGAAGAAACCAUCAGCGACGAAACCGCUGAAGAAGAAGAAGAGGACGAAGCGCCACAACGCCCACCCCCACCUCCCCCACCUCCACGGAACGGUUACCAAUCCACAUACAAGUAUGGAAACCCACCACCACCCCCGCCACAACCUCCUCGAUACCCUCUCCCUCCCCGCAAUAUCUAUACCUUCUCCACAACUUUACAAGCGGCCUACAAAGACCGUGAUUUGGCAUUUGCUCGUCGAGUCAUGGCCGACCGAGAACGAUACAAACGAACAAUAUCCUACCAAAGCAUAUUCCCAGAGGAACAACGCAAGCACGAUUUCUACGUUGAGUGCAUAAUGAUUGAUAUCCUGGCCGCCUGUGAAUACCUAGGCGAAGCGGUCGAAAGACUCGAAGAGAACCUAGAGCGGUUUGAGUGGAAGGAGGAGCAUCUGAAGACGCUGUAUACACGGGCUGUGCAGCUGGAGGAUUGGGGCACUGUGCGGUUGUGUAAUAAGAUUUCUGGCAAGGAAAAUGAUCGAUUCUAG